AUGGCUGAGGUGAUUUACGCCAGGCCCAACAUGAUGACCAAGGCCAGGUACACACAAGGAGAUGGAGAGGAGAGGAGAGUGGAGAUCUACGCUACAAUUGAGAGCCUCAGAGAUCAACACCAGGACUACGUGGGGACAGAGGAGUCCUCCAAUACUCUGGGAACAGUAAGAAGUCAGCAGCCAGACCCUGUGAGCCCUCCUCGGUGUCCGAUCAGGGGUGUGUUGGUGCUUCUGGUCCUGCUGUCUGUUGCCCUGCUGGCUGGACUGCUUUGGUUUGCAGUGCAACACAAGACGAAGACUGUAAGCAUGGACGGAGACGUGGAGCAACUUCUCCAAAGGCUGAAGAACGUGACUGAGCAGAGAGACGCACUGCUUUUUAAACAGGAAUGUCCAGUUGGUUGGGAUAAGUUUGGUUGUAAAUGUUACCGGCUUUCCAAUGAGCGGAGACCCUGGAAUAAGAGCAGGAAGUUCUGUGUUUCCCACGGAGCAGAUCUUGUGGUUGUGGACAGUAAAGAGGAGAUGGACUUCAUUAGCAGGUACGGCGGGAACAACUGGCUCGGAGCGACAGAUGAGGCCAGUGAAGGGAUGUGGAGAUGGGUUGAUGGCACCGUCCUGUCAGCGGAUAACCGCUCCUGGAGAAGAGGGAAACGUGAUGGUGACAUGGAUAAGAACUGCUUAAGGGUUAGAGAGAAGCCCAACUUUAAAUGGACAGAUGAGAGCUGUGAAGCCAGAAACUAUGGGCUUUGUGAAAAUCAUUUAAUCAAUUGA